AUGGGAGGUGUCACUUCGAAAGUGAACGUCGACGUCGUUCAAGAUCAGGUACUCAAGUUCUCAGAAUUCUUAUUUAAUUCAAAUGACGUUCAGGUGAAAAAAGAGCCAGUUGUGAUGUAUACAAAGACGUCGUGCACAUUCUGCAACAAGGCUAAAAAUCUGUUCGCCGACAUCAAAAUUCCAUACAAAGAAGUGAAUCUGGACAAUCUGAAGGAGGCACAGCCGAAAGAAUAUCUUGGAAUUGUGAACGGACUCGUCUACACAACCCGACAGACCAGUGUCCCGCAGGUUUGUGCUCUUUGAACCUUUUUUCUCAUUCCCAUGCUUUCCCGAUGAGAACCUCUUCCGUUUCUAAAGAGUUUUCUGUCCUUCCGCCCGCCUGUUCCAUUAUUCGUUCCUUGAAGAAAUGCCCCCGCAAUACUUGUUCCCUAUUCUCUGGUCCUAUUCACUCCCGAGCCGUGAGCUUUACUAUGCAUCUACGAGGAUCUUCAUGUUGUUCAGAUCUGGUAUCCAGCUUAUCAGCAUUGUCUUUUUAAUAGAAAACACCAUGAAAAUUGCGCCAGAAAUCACCACGUCUACGCCGGAAACUACUGUCGAGCCCCCAGCAAAAUAAGUUCUCAGCCAAUUGAACAGAGCGUUCACCGGGAUUUCCUCAUUUGUCAUACCUUUCUCCGGAGUCGAAUAAUAUUUUCCUUUCGUUGACAUAAAUCUGCAUUCAUUUUCAUCUCUCUUUGUUAUCCCCACCCCAAACCCAUUUUCAAUCCACUCUUUUCAGAUCUUCAUCUGCGGCCGCUUCGUCGGCGGAUUCACGGAACUCGAUGCCCUCCGAAACUCUGGCCACCUCUUCGAAGCCAUUGCGCAGUGCACCGGGGAGAACUCGCCACACGAAUAA